UACUUUAUUUUUGUGUAUAUAAGAAUUCAUCUUAAUGUCAAUAUUUUCUGUUUCAUCAAUAUUUCAAGUUUGCCGCCGGCGUCUUCAAAACACUGUGCCUGCUCUAAAUCAAAUCGAUAGUUUGCACGAAUCACGACAGAUGCGAUACGAGAACAGACGCAAUUUGAUUGCUCUUGGAACAGAUGUUGCGUUUUGUACAGAACCUUCGACUUAGCAACACUUUAAAGACAAAUGAGUUGUCAGCCACGGUGGCCGAGAUUUAUCAAGAAUGUUUCGCUGAGAUGGCUGCCAGCUCCUGCCUGCUUAGCCAACACAAAUGCAAUUCCAAUAGCAAAGGGCAGCAUUCCACGCUACUACAGUGCUUCGAUGCGAAGCCCAGCAACCAGACAGAGAUCAUAACAGCCAGCCCCGAAGACGUCUGGAUCUUUGGCUAUGGUUCGCUUGUGUGGAAGGCAGACUUUCCGUACAUAGACCGCCGGCGCGGCUACGUCUGUGGCUAUAAACGAAGAUUUUAUCAGCACAGCAUUGAUCAUCGAGGGAUACCCGAGAGGCCGGGCCGUGUGGUUACCCUGCUGCCGGGCGAUUUGAGCAUGGAUCGUGUCUAUGGUGUCGCAUAUCGCAUUGCCGCAACCCAGAAGUCUCAGGUGCUGGAUCACCUGGAUUAUCGCGAGAAGAAUGGCUACGAACGCUGUAACUUGGAAUUCCAUGAAUAUCCAUCUACAACGAUGCCCAUUGAGGUUAUUAUGUACGUGGCUACGCAGUCGAACGAUUCCUAUGCAGGCCAUGUGUGGCAGGUUCCGUGCAUAGCAAGGCAAAUCUUCACCUCGGCUGGUCCCAGCGGUCCCAAUCGCGAGUACCUAUUUAAUUUGUUCAUAGCGAUGCGUGAACUCUUUCCAGACGCCGUUGAUGAGCAUCUCAACGAGCUUGUAAACUGUGUACAGCGCUAUAUUGAGAACGAGGAGCCUGCGCUGCUGGAGCAUGCGCUCAAAUCAAAGAUCAACUUCAUAUUGAGUGAAUCCUUGGCCAAAGAUACGACUGAGCAGCAGCAGGAGGCGAUUGCACAACGCUUAGAGGCUUUACUCGAACGUUGCCAACGACCGGGCUGGCGUGAAGAGUUGCUUAGUAAGGAAUUGCAGGAAAAGACCUUUUGACCAACAUCUUCCGCACUUCCAUUUGAUAACCUUUCGAUUUUCAUGUUUU